AUGACAUGCCAGUGUGUAAUGGCUCUCUGGGACAUAAAAGCUCACUUGGCUUUUGAUUGACCUAAGCCAUGUAACAGCCUGGCACAUUGACACAAUUAUGGCAGCUGGCUGUGAUUACAUCAAAGACCUGUUCAUAAAAAUAUUUAGUUCUUAUAUAGCACUUUUCAACUGUGCUUCUCAAAACAUUGUUUGAAGGUGGGUAAAUACUAUUAUUCCCAUGUAUAAGGAAUUGUCUUUUAAGACUGAGCAAGGAAGAAAAGACACUGGGACCAUAUUAAGCCCUUCAAGGGGUUGUAUUUUAAAGGACAGACCUGUGAGAGGAAGGUCUUGCAACCAGGAGGAUUACCAUAGGCACAUGGAACGUGAGGACCAUGUAUGAGUCAGGACAGACGGCGCAGGUUGCAGCAGAGAUGAGGAGCAACAACCUGACCCUAUUAGGCAUUAGCGAGACAAGAUGGACGCAAGCAGGGCAGAGACGGCUGUUGACAGGAGAGUUGUUGCUGUAUUCAGGACAUGAAGAGAGCGACGCACCCCACACACAGGGAGUAGGCCUCAUGUUGUCCAAGCAGGCACAGAGAGCACUGAAUGGUUGGGAGGCACAUGGUCCCAGGAUCAUCACAGCAUCCUUCAGAACUAAAAUGAAGAGGAUUAAGAUUAAUGUUGUUCAGUGCUAUGCUCCAAUUAAUGACAGCGAAGAGGAGGACAAAGAUUAUUUUUACAACAGACUCCAGAAAAUAUCAGAGAUUCUCCCAGACAAAGACAUCAUCAUCCUUAUGGGAGACUUUAAUGCCAAAAUUGGACCUGACAACACAGGAUACGAACAAGUCAUGGGGACCCACGCUCUGGGAGAGAUGAGUGAGAAUGGAGAGAGAUUUGUGGAUUUGUGUGCACUUAACAACCUGGUCAUAGGAGGUAGCAUCUUUCCUCACAAGCGGAUCCACAAGAGUACCUGGGUAUCACCAGCAGGCACGACAGAAAAUCAGAUCGAUCAUGUCUGCAUUAGCAAGAAGUUUAGAAGAUCCUUGCAGGACGUUAGAGUUAGAAGAGGACCAGACACGGCGUCCGACCAUCACUUAGUGGUGGCCAGAUUGAAGCUGAAAAAUAACUGGAUAGGCACAUCAGACAGAAGAGUGAAGUACAACGUCAGCCUUCUGAAGGACCAUAAGACCAAGGAAGAUUUUGGACUGAGGCUGAAGAAUAAGUUUUCAGUAUUACAGGAUCGGUCUGAGGAAGACAGUGUACUAAACAGAUAGCAGAAAGUGAGAGACACACUUAGGUCAGUAUGCCAGGAAGUGCUUGGAAUUAAGAAACACCAGCAGAAAGAGUGGAUCACAGCAGAGACCCUGAUCAAGAUAAAAGACAGAAAGAAGAAGAAGGCAGCAGUCAACAACAGCAGGACUAGAGCAGCAAAGGCCAAAGCUCAAAAAGAGUAUGCUGAAGCCCACAGAGCAGUGCAGAGGAGUAUCAGGAAGGACAACAGAGAGUACGUGGAUGAACUGGCAGCAGAAGCAGAGCAGGCAGCCUACAGCGGUAAUAUGAAACAGCUGUAUGAUACUACUAAGCGACUGUCUGGAAAGUUCAGCAAGCCAGAAUGUCCCGUUAAAGACAAGCAGGGAAAGUCUAUAACAGGAAUAGAACAACAGAUGGGCGGAGCACUUUGAGGAACUCCUGAACAGACCAGCACCACCAAAUCCACCAGAUAUCAACUCGGCUAACAAGGACCUCCCAGUUAAUUGCUAUAAACCAACCAGAGACGAGAUCAGAAAAGCCAUCACUAUGAUGAAGAAUGGGAAGGCGGCUGGACCUGAUGACAUCCCAGCAGAGGCCCUGAAAGCAGACCUGGAUGCUUCAGUGGAAAUGCUGCACCCCCUCUUUGAGAAGAUAUGGGAAGAAGUAGUGAUUCCGGUAGAUUGGAAAGAGGGAUAUCUCAUCAAAAUCCCCAAGAAAGGAGACCUUAGCAACUGUGCCAAUUAUAGAGGAAUCACACUCCUGUUGGUGCCAGGGAAGGUCUUCAACAGAGUCCUAUUAGAGAGAAUGAAGGAUGCCGUCGAUCCACAGCUAUGAGAUGAACAGGCAGAUUUCCGGCAGAACAGAUCAUGCACGGACCAGAUAGCAACACUUCGCAUCAUAGUCGAGCAGUCUAUAGAGUGGAACUCCUCGUUGUACAUCAAUUUUGUUGACUAUGAGAAAGCGUUCGAUAGCGUGGAAGCUCCUUCGGCACUACGGCAUCCCAGCAAAGGUGGUCAAUCUGAUCAAGAACUCAUAUGACGGUACACACUGUAGAGUGAUCCAUGGAGGGCAGCUUACUAACAGCUUCCAGGUGCAAACUGGAGUCAGGCAAGGAUGCUUGUUGUCACCA